CCAAAAACCGCCCAGUACGCGAAAGCGUCGCUCGACGACACUGCCUGCUCCAAUUGCGUCGUCGAUCGUCGCCGAUACGUUUCAAGUGAACGAGAAGCACGUCGUGUUGCCCCUUCCACGCAUGCGGCUUGCGUCGCAAGACGCCAAUUUCGACUUGCUCAUCAAGCCCAUGGCGCCGGCCCACCGUUCAAAGAGCGGGCGAUGGACGUGACAUUUCUGGAAGACAGUGACGAUAUCGACGUCGAGGCGCCGACGCCAGAGCCUGACUUGGAGUCGGCACCACCGCUUGGCAUCAUCUCGCUGUCGCACUUGCUCGCACCGGCACGGUUUGCUGCGCCACCAGCGUGCAACGACAUCCUCAAGCGUCGUGAUGCGGCCGCUGGAAUGAAGCUGCUUGAAAUGGACAUCGAUGACGCCGGUUUGGACGACGCCUUCUUGGAUGACAAGCUCAUCGAGGCCAAGCUCGCCGAGUUGCAGAUGCCACCCCUUUACGGCGACGACGUUGACAAAAGCUUUGUCCUUCGAGUGCUCAACCGGUCGCGCAUUCUCAAGAGAUACCUCGGUCCGACCACGUUGCAGCGGCAAAUGAACGGCGUUCGGCGGCGCGUCUCCUCGGCCGUCGAGUCGUCGCCGGCUGCUGAGACGGGCAACGCUACCAAGAUGGGCGAUGGCAGAAAUCCACGUCCAUGGACACCGUCGGACGGCGACGAUGACCCUAAGUUGCCGCCACGCAGCGGUGAUUUGGACUCGUUUGGGAACCAGCUCGAUGACGACUUUGACGAGGACGAGAUGACACCCGUCGACGACGAUGCCUUCGGCGAUGGUGGCUCUGGCCGGCAAACAUCCUCCUCAAAACGAUCGCGCCGUCGGUCGAGCAACGUCGCCGUCGCCGGUGCUCUCGCCGAUGCCGUCACCAGUGUCAUGCAGGUGGCGCCAAGCAAGCUCGCCACGGUCCUCGAGCCCAAAGAAAUGGAUGCGGGCGCCAUUUUGGCACUCAACGCCGCGUCGUUGGCAUCGCCGGACGGCGAUAUUGCGCCUGUCUCGAUGAGCAUUGCGCAAAAGCAGCGCGACAAAGCGGCAGCGCGGACCACGACGUCCAGCGUCGUCGCUGAAAUGGAUGAGGUUGACUUGACGUCGCCGACGCCGGCCAGUCCCCGUCGCCGCACGGAUGUGAAAAAGAGAGCCAAGCCGCCGGGUAGUUCGACCGCCGACUCGGGCGUCGAGUCGUCGGUCGAAGCCAUGUACGAAGCUGCACUGCGCGCCGAACGGGCGCGUGAGUGGCGCCAGGCCACACUGCUUGCGUGCGCGUGCAUCAACAUGGACAAGGAGUUCGUCGAAGCCAUCUUCUUGCGGGCGCGGCUCUGUCGACGCCUUGGUCUUUGGUCCCAGGCACUCAAAGAUCUAACCUCGGCGCUGCGCAUUUGUCCAAGCAACCAUCGACUGCACUUGCAGCGCGCGCAUAUUCAUAUUCAGCUUCAAGAUUAUCACGCUGCAAUCAACGACCUCACAUCGGUCCUUUCCCAGCACCCGACAUCGGCGGAGGCACUCCUCCUCCGGUCGCAGAUCUACAUGAAGCAAAACAACCUUGCCUUUGCCAUCAAGGACUUGACGACGAUAGUCAAAUUUGACCCAAAGAACUGGCGCGCCUACUACGAACGCGGGCGUCUCCGCCACCAGCUCAUGGAAGGUCUGGUGCACGAAAAGGACGUUGACACGGAGGGCCAAAUUGUGUCGCCACAACUCAUGCUGCAUGUGCUCGACGACUACCUCAGCGCCCUCCGUGCUGGCUGCACACUGCCCGAGGUCGUCGAGGCCGUCGGCGACGUGUGUCUCCGCCUCGUCGCCGCCUCGCGGGACGCCAAGCCGCUUUUGCACACGAUCCAUGCACUCUCGGGUCUGGUCACGCUCAUCGACGACGCAGACGCGCGCACCAACCUCCGCGCGCGCGGCGCCAAGUUGCGCGACGGUCCCGUGGGGCUCCUAGCCGUGCUCUUGGCGCAGCGCGGCCGACUCCAGACACUGAUUGGAGAGCACGCCAAGGCCGCCACGGAUUUAGACCGUGCGGUCGUUCUCGACUACCAUUACGCGCCGGCGCACUUUUACCGCGGCGCGCUCGCGAGCUUGUAUGCGCACGACGAGGCAGCCCGCAAGGUCGUCGAGACGCACCUCUCGCGCAGCGUGUCGCUGGACCCGACGAUCAUCGGCGCGUACAUCGUGCGCGGCGGCAUCUUUGCCUUGGACCUGCGCUACGCGAGCGCGCUCCAAGACUUCAAGGCCGCCGUCUCGAUCGACCCGACGCUGGACUCGAUCUGGGUUCAAAUGGGCGUCAUCUUCUUGUCGCACUACCACGACUGCGCCGCCUGCGUGAGCGUGUGUACGACUGCGCUCGCCAACGACCGCGGGCUCACACAAGCGCUCUACUUGCGUGCCGAGUCGUAUGCACGGCAAGGCCACUCCGACGCCGCGCUACGCGACUAUGUGCGCCUGGUUCAGACCAACCCCGCCGAUGGGUUUGCGCACCUGCUUCGAGGCAAACUGUUGCUGCAGCUCGGCCACGGUCGCCCGGCCUUGUAUGCGUACAUGGCGUUCAUGGAGCUCUCCGAACGCGGCGUCGAUCGCAUCUCGCGCGGCAUAGCGUACAGCGUCCUCUCGCAACAUGCGAAAGCCGUGCACGAGUUCAAGCUGGCGGUCGAGGACCACCCGUCGUCCGAGAACUUGUACUUGCUCUCCGAGGCGCUGCAUUCAAUGGGCGAUACCGAGGCAGCGCUUGAGGUCAUCGAGCGCGCGAUUGCGACCGAGCCGCAGUGUGCGAGAAACUACCUCCGGCGCGCCCAGUGCUACCUCGGCCGUGGUGCUCUCAAGUCGGCCAUCAUCGAGUACGACUUUGCGCAGACGCUCACGGAGAAGGCCGAGCUGCCACGUGUGUUGUACGAGCGCGCCAUGUGCCGCAUGCAACUUCUCAUCAAGUGCUGGCACCAGCUCGAGUGUCUCCACGCCAAGAUGCCCGUCGAGAGCAAAAUGGAAAGCAACUUCAAAUCCGGGACCCCGGUACCGGAAACCCUCGCGCAGGUCGACAUGACAGUUCCCGCGCUCUCGAGCUACAUCAAGACUCUCUACAACGAAACACUUGCAGACUUUGCCAAGUGUCUCAAGCUCAGUGCGCCAACGCCGAUGGUCGAUGCACUCGUCGACCGCGCUGAGCUGCACGCGCUUGGCGGGGACUUCAGCGCCGCGUACGCCGACCUCCGCGCGGCACUUGACGCGCAGCCCGAGAACGUCCGCGCCUACAUCAAUUGGGGCAUUCUCGACAGCCGCCUUGCUCGCCGGGCCUCGAGCAUCGUGCAAUAUGACCUCGCGUUGCAGCACCACCCAGCCGACGCGUUGGCCUACUACAACCGGGGUGUCGCGUACCACCAUCUAUGUGUCCACGCCCAAGCCGAGACCGACUACACCAAAGCCAUCGCGCUGGACCCGACGAAUCUCGACGCGGUGCGGAACCGUGGCAUUGCGCGCUGCCACUUGUCCGACUUUGCGGGCGCAACGACGGACUUUGAACAAGUGCAUCGCGGUGCACCGGACGACCUCGAGCUCUACCUUGGAUUGGGCUACGUCUAUCUCAAAACAGGUCGGUUCCAAGAUGCGAUCGGACUCUUCCGGGCGUCGGCCAGCGUCAACCCGCGGGGUCUCGACGCUUUCUUGGACGCUGGCAAUACGUUCUUGACCAUGGCGCUCUUCUUGAGCGAGACGUCCAACCCGCUCAACGCACUGCACUCGUCCAACGCCAAGACGGACACGUUCCGGUCGCUUCUGCACCAAGCGCUCCACUGCUACCAGCGCGCCGUGCGACUGGACCCGACGAGCGUCGACUGCCGUCUGAAUUUGGCCGCGCUCUUCCGCGCGCUUCGGGACGUGCCCAACGCGGUGCGGCAGUACGCCAUGGUGCAGGGCCUCGACCCGCACAACCACGUCUUCCACGAGGAAAACGCCAUCAUGCUUUCGGAGGCGGGGCAGUACGACGACGCCAUUUUGCACUGGAACGACGCGAUCCGGCUGACCAUCUCGACCAACAACAUCAUUGAAAUGGAGUACACGAUCAUCGCCAAUACGCCGCACAUGGAGCGUCGGCCGUCGCAUUCGGACGUUGUCGACGACCCGGAUGGCAACUACCUGUUGGAACGACUCUUGGCGCAGAAGGCCGAGACGGUCAAGGCGAUGGUACAAAGCCGAUGGCGCGCGAUCGAGUCGCCCGCGGCCGCGACCUCGAUCACAGGACUCAAGAAGAAGCUCGCGCUGCAGAUCACGGAGCGCGGAAAGGCGUACGAGCGCCUCGGCUUGCUGGACAAGGCGCGCCUGGAGUACCUCUAUGCGUCCUACUUUGACCCGUUGGCGUACGCCGUGUACUUUCAAAUGGGAACGCUCGCGCUUCGACAACGACGCAGUGCCGAUGCGGUUCGGCGCUUUGACCAAGCCAUUGCACUGCAUCCGAAACUCGGACUCGCGCACUUGAACCUCGCGAUGGCACAUUUGCAAACGAAAAACGUCGCGGCGGCCAAAACGGCGUUGGACAUUGCGGCAUCGCUCAUGCCCGAGUGCGGUUUUGUGUGGGCGAACCUCGCGUGCGCGCACUUGCAACUCGGCAACGAUCGCCAAGGCGCGGUCGACCGGCUGUCGUCAGCGCUCAAGUGCAUGCCGACGUUCGCGCCCUUCUAUGUCGCCCGCGGUCGCGUGCUCACCAAGCUCAAGCUGCUGCACGAUGCGAUGGUCGACUUUGCCGCCGCGCUGCAAAUGGGGUACAAGGCACCCAUGUAG